AUUUUUGUCAGAGUAAAGAACAGACAAAAAACAAGACACAGAACCAAAUGUGUGGGUUUCAGUCAUUGCACUCUCUUCAUUCCCUACCUGCUCUCUCUGCUCUGAUAAUGGCUGCCCUGCAUUUUGCUGGUGGUAUCACCUUCUUCUUCUUCAUGUAAUGGGUCAUGACCUCCGUCUCCAGAAGGCAAGUUGGAGCUAGGUAUUGAACAAUUCCUGGUUUCACCCUUAAACAUGAAAACAAGACCUAAAGAUGGUUGGCUGUCUAUUGUGCCGCUUUGUUUCAGACGAAAUUCAGUUGCUCAUUUUUGCAUGUUCCAAAAAGUAAAGUCAGCCAGUAGCAUCCCCGGUGCCACUCCUGUCUACCUAAAUGUAUAUGACUUAACAACAGUCAAUGGCUAUGUCUAUUGGGCAGGCCUUGGUAUCUUUCACACUGGUGUGGAAGUUCAUGGUAUAGAAUAUGCUUUUGGAGCUCAUGACUACCCAACAAGCGGUGUCUUUGAGGUUGAACCUCGAAAGUGCCCUGGCUUCAAGUUUAGGAAGUCAAUAUUUAUGGGAACAACACGCUUGGAACCUGCCCAAGUUAGAGAGUUCAUGGAGCGCCAAUCUUUAAGCUAUAAUGGUGAUACAUAUCACCUGAUUGUUAAGAACUGCAACCAUUUCUGUGAGGAUAUUUGUUACAAGCUGACAGGAAACCGGAUACCAAAAUGGGUGAAUCGUCUUGCAAGAAUAGGUUCAGUAUGCAACUGUAUACUCCCUGAGGCUCUUAAAGUUUCUGCUGUGCGUCAUGACCCGAACUUACAAGAAUGUGAAAGUGAGAAGAGGAGGCUAAGAAGUGCCUUCAGUAGCUUGUCAUCAAUCUCAAUGCCUCUGCCUCUACCCCAAAGGGAAGUAUCAAUGGCCUCACUGUUUCUUCACUCCCACUAUAAAGGUUGCCUACCACCAUGGGAGUGGAAGAGAUCCAAAAGUGCCUCAUUGAAGCAAGGGUGAGAAGAUUCUUUUAUCUUCCACCCCAAAACUUUGAUCCAUUUGGGGAUACCGCCACCUCUUUUAACCCUUUUUCACUUGAAGGAACGAAAAUAUGUGAAUGCUUGCUUUGUUCUUGUGAAUGUUACAACAGUGGGCUUUUCUCUUUCUCUGUUUCUGCUAACCUGUGUUUCCGAAGUUGCUUGUUCAUAUAUAUCAAAGAAGUUGUAUCUGUAGAACAUAACGCUAAAUGGUUCCUACAAUUGUUUCU